CUACAGUAACUGCCGAAGGGUUGUAAUACUAUUUGCAUCGAAAAUUUUCGGUAAAUAAUGACGAUUGACCAUCAUAGUGAAAAGAGAGUAAUUCGCGGACCAAGUAUUUCGUCAAACACAUCGACAAGUUCAGGUCUUAUGGCGUCCCAUCUUCUCGUACCCGGAAUCCACGUUUCUAGGUCCGAAUCAAAUCGAGAGGAUUACGACCAUCAUUCGGGUCAUCGUGUUUUACCACUUCGUGCAGGUUCUUUUCGGGAACCAGGUGAACUUGAAAGAGAACAAAAAGCUAAAAGGCCUCAUGUGAAAUCCCGUAGAAACAAACGUGAAUCUGCGGAUUUAUCAAGUGAUCCAGACUUUUAUUUAAGCGCAGCAGCAAACCAACACAGAAGACGAAGUAGUCUUCCUGCCAGUACACCCAAUCUACUGGAUUUCUUUACCAAUGAUGACGCAAGAGACAACAGAGAUGCAAGGGGAGACGCUGCUCUUCGGAGAGUCCGCUCGUUUAAAACAACAACAAAGGGAGUUGUAAACAGGGGAGAUUCGGUACGGAAGAGAAGUGGAAGAUCUUCACGGGAUGGCUCAAAUGAACAAUCACGAUCUACAGUUACAUCUAGUCCUAGACCAACACGUCAUGUGCCGUUUGAAGUAAACGUUGAAAAACCGUCAGAUAACUCUGCUAUUUCGUCCUACUUUAAAGUUGUUGUUUUAGGUGCACCCGGUGUAGGAAAAACAUCCAUCACGCAACAGUUUAUGACGUCAGAAUAUGUUGCUUUUGAGAAUUCCGUUGACCAGGAAGAGAAUUUGGUCACUGUCCAGUUAAAUGGCGAGGAAAGCACUCUCGAGUUCCUUGAUGCAAGUGAUAAUGAAGUUAACCUUGAAAACAUUCGUGCAGAUGCUUACAUAAUAAUAUUUUCGAUUCCACAUCGUGAUACGUUUGAUACAGCAGUAGACCUACUGUCCGAACUACGGAUGGACAUGGGAAUAGAUAGAACAGUUAUAAUGGUUGGAAAUAAGUUGGACCUGGUCAGAAAGAGAAAAGUCAAGACAGAAGAGGCACAGGAAGUCAGCAAAAUGUAUGAUGGGAAGUAUAUAGAAGUGUCUGCGGGACUAAACCAUAACAUAGAUGAAUUAUUGGUAGGAAUACUGGGCUCUAUUCGAUAUAAACUAAAUCCAUCCUUAACAGAUCCAGUUCUUCGUGUUGAUACAAAGAAGGCAGGACUUUCAGCUCUGUCAAUGAAAGGACCAAUCAAUUUCUUUGGAAGACUGUUCCGGCGUGUCAGUAGAAAAUCUAGAGGAAGAAAGAAACGCCACCAUACGGUUGCGUAGUAUCCAAAGUAUUAUACUGUGUUCAAGUAUUGUAGUAAAUUAUAUUUAUAUUUUUGCAUUUUUAUAUGUUUAUGUUUGUCUAAGCUGUAUUUAAUGUUUUAAAUGUUGUCUUCAUUUAAGCAUUAUGGAAAAUGUGUAAUUUCAGGCACGCAGUUUUGAUAUCCAUAUCUAUCAAAAUUUCUGUACAGCGUUUGUGUAAUAGUGAACGAUCAACCAUUCUGAUCAUAUAUAAAAAAAAAAUGAAUAUGGUCAAACAUUUUUCAAACAUCGUUUUCACUCUUGAAAUUCGAUCAUAAUUUUUAUCCUACAUCGUUAAAAAUUGUCCAUCUCACGUUUUAAAUGGACACACGUUCGGUGGCAUACACUUGAUCAUUAUAAGAAAACUUUUUUUUUCUAGCAUUACAUUUUCUUUUCUCAAAUUUCCACAACUUACGACCAAUACAGACUCGUUGUAAUGUGCUAUUGUAUAAAAUUAAUUGAAGUUUUGCGUUUGUGACGUCUUUCAUUAUAAGGUCAAUGUGAUCGCAUAGCAAAAGUAUAUAUCUUUCGAUUGUGAAUCCCAUGUUACAUAUAAUUUGUCAUUGUAAAAUGUUCACAAAUCAUCGAGGCUGGGCUAUUGUGCAAAUACUUGUAUAGUAAUAUGAUAUAUUAUUUUUGUACAUACCAUUUUCAAGAGGGUUUAUGUUUUUACAUCACUUAUAGGCUUUAGAUAGCAAAAUGUGCAUUUUUGAAUUUAAUGCAUUAGAUUUGUAAAUUACAUGCUUGAAUGAACAUUUUAAUUCCCCCACCCGAUAAAUUAUUUUGAACCAAUGUCUUCACAAGAUUUGAUCAUUGACAAAAUUAUAACAGCAUACGUUGUAUCUGUGAUGGUAAAACCCAAGUAGAUUUUUUUUGAAAUAUCAUUUAUUUUGUUGGUUUACGCUAUAAGUGCAAACAUACAAUGUAACCUUUUGUUAAACAGCAUAAAUAAAUUCUUAAUGAAUUUGA